AUGAAGUCCUUCUUCCUCCCCGUCGCCGUCCUCGUCUCGGCCGCCAUGGCCCAGACCACCAGCGUCUGUGGUGCCGACUACAUAGUCGAGGCCUGCCUCGGCUCCGAGAAGGCGAAGCUCGCCGCCUGCGGCCAGAGUGACUACGACUGCUCAUGCGCCGCCUGGCAAGCUAUCCUCACCUGCUACAACAACUGCCCCAACGACUCUCGUCUCCACUCUGACGUCGGCCAAAAGGACAUCUUCUGCGGCUACGCCUCCCAGUUCCCUUCCAAGGCCACCGCUGCCCCUUCCGCCUCCAAAACCAACAACGUCACCCCGACCCAGACCCCACAUCAGAACCAGGUUGAGGAUGACGCGAGCAACACUGACGACGAGUCCGGCACCUCCACCUCCACCAGCUCCCCAGCCACCAACACCAACAGCGCUGCGUAUCUCGCCCUGAACGCUGGCGGUGUCCUCGCCGCCAUCGCCGGUGUUGUUGCUGUCGUGCUCUAA